CUCGAUUAGAGAAAAAGAAAAAAGAAAAAAGAAAACUCUACCUCCAACGGACCAAUAAAACCUCCUCUCUUGCAGGCUGGCAGGCGGCAGCUACCAAAAUAACUGAAACCUCCGAUCUUUGUUUCUCGGUGUCUCUGACCGAAAUGGCAUCAGCGUCGCCGCCGCUCCAGGACAAAGCGGACGCCGAGCGGCGGCUACGGGAGGCGGAGGACAGGCUGCGCGAGGCCAUCGAGGAGCUCCAGCGCCGGCAGCGCAAGGCCGGGGCCGCGCGUGGGCCGCACCAGAACCAACAGCAGCAUCAGCACUGCCCGCCAUGCGACCACGGCGCUGAAACGUCGUGCGUGGCCAACGCCAUCGGAAACCUCUGCCAGAGCUUCCUCCUCUCCUACGGCGUCCGCGUCGGCGUCGGCAUCCUACUCCGCGCUUUCAAGCUCGCCCGCCGCCAGUCCUACUCCUCCCUCCUCGAUCUUAAGCAACUUGUCUCAGAAAAAGAUCUAAUAGUAAGAGAGGAAGCAUGCCGAAUCGGUUUAUUUUUUGGUGGCUUCACUGGGUCUUAUCAUGCCCUUAGAUGUUUGUUGAGAAAGUUGAGAAAGAAAGAGACGCCAUUCAAUGCCAUUUUAGCAGGUUCAGUAGCCGGAUUGUGUAUUUUAGCGCUAGAGGAUUCUAACCGGAGGCGCACACUUGCUCUAUAUCUUUUGGCCAGGUUAGGCCAGUGUGCUUAUAAUUCUGCAAAGUCUAAGAACAAGUUUCACCUUUGGGGAAGCCAUUGGAGGCAUGGAGAUUCUUUGCUCUUUGCUUUAGCAUGUGCUCAGGUUAUGUAUGCCUUUGUAAUGCGUCCUGAGAGCUUGCCGAAAUCAUAUGAAGACUUCAUCCAGAAGACUGGCCCAGUUGCGAAGCCUGUAUACAAGGCUGUAAGGGACAGCUGUAGAGGUUACCCUGUGGAUGUGGUCUCACUCUCUGCUUACUUAUCUGACAGAAGGAAUUCGAACUAUGCAAAGUUGGAAGAGUUUCCAUCCAUUAUUCCGUGUUCUGUUGUUCAUCCAGACACAAAUUCAUGUUUAGUGCACAAUGCAAAUGCAACAUCAGCUACAUUCAGGAAAACAUUUCCACUUUACUUCUCUUUGACCUUCGUACCAUAUGUUGUUUUGCACCUACAAAAGUUCAUGGAUGCUCCUGCUCGUACCUGCUGGCUUGCUGUCAAGGGGGCUGUUCGCUCAACAGCAUUUCUGUCGGCUUUUGUUGGAAUUUUUCAGGGAGUGAUAUGUACGCAUAGAAAAGUUGCAUCAAAAGACCACAAGCUUGUAUAUUGGAUCGCAGGCAGUAUAUCUGCACUUUCUGUAUUAUUGGAGAAAAAAGCUAGACGAAGGGAACUUGCUUUAUAUGUUCUUCCACGGGCCGGAGAGUCUCUUUGGUAUAUCUUAGUGAACCGCCAGCUGCUUCCAGAUAUUAGGAAUGCUGAGGUGUUUUUAUUUUGUAUGUGUAUGGGAGGAAUCAUGUACUAUUUAGAGUAUGAACCAGACACCAUGGCUCCAUUCCUCAGGGGCUUGAUUCGCCGGUUCCUUGCCAGCAGAAUUAGCAAUCCUGGCUCUUUAUCAAAUCGUAAUGCCUCCAGCGCAUAUUUACAAGCUCUUGAUGCCAUAAAGGAUCCAAAAUUGCCUGAAACUCAGCCAGCUGAAGCUUCCGCUUCUCAAAAGUACAAUCUUGAAUCCAUACCAGGACUAUAAGUUAGGAUUAGAGAGGGAGUGGGGUUGGGGGUGGAUACUGCCCCCUGAUUUUUUUUUUCUUCUUUUUGUCAAUAGGUUAAUAUGGAAGUCUUCUGCUAUGAGUUAUAUUAAGAAAAAAAAAAAUAGUUCCAUAUCAAUUUCUUAUUACGAAUGCAUAAAAAGCAACGCGAUUACAUAAACUUAAGCAUCUGGUUUGGCUUCCUGAUUUGUAAGAAUUGUUGAUUGUGUUAUACAAUGCUUAAUAAUUCCAUUGAAGACAGUUGUUUGA